AUGGAAGUCUUUAUUGACCAGGUACCACAUGCUGUCACCAUCGGGGUAGACACGUACUCCUUCGAAGUUAAACAAGGCCAGCCUUUCCAUGGAAUCAAAAACAUUCCCCGAGAACCAGCACUUCACGUUAUGCACUUCCAACACUCUGAGAACGGCACGCGUUAUGGCUACUGGCUCGAGAGUGAUGCACAAGACUACGUAGAGUUCCGGUAUGAUGGCGAGAAGGAAAUAUUUACACCAAGAAUUUUUGCCAGCGACGGAGACAGAAGCGAAGGCCAUCGCAGGUUCGAACAGGUCAAUGCGCUCAUGGUUCCGUACCCUGCAGUGGAUGAGGAGGACAGUUGGAAUGAGCUCACGAAGCAUGUUCGGUGGCCCGAUGUGAAAUGCAUUGCAGGGUGCAGCGACGGGCUAGUAUACGUGGAUUCGGCCAUGACAACCAGCGAGGAAAACAAGAACUUGCUCAAUGCCCUGUCUAAAGGCGGACGGCCUCAGCUGAAUGCGUCCGCCCCCACCGUGGAGCCAACAUUGAACUACACGCCGAUCGUGUUCAAGUCGCGCGAGGCCAUCCGCGAUGACCAUAAGAUGGAGGAUUUCCUGGACAAAAGCUACUACCUGCACAAUGUUGUACUGCCACGCCACCACCGCAACUCCAUGAGGUCAUUACUAGGCGAACUCCAAUGGGCCUUUUUGAAUGCUAUGCUCUUUGGCAGCUACGGGUCGAGUCUGCAGUGGCACAACCUCCUAGAGCUGGUUUGCUGCAGCUCAACAGUUUCUGAAGCGCACAUGUCCGAGCUGGAUAACGCGCUAAGUCGAGAGCUCCGCGUCAUGCCCGAGCUCUACGCAGAUACGCUGCUGAACGAAGAAGUGUGGGCCAAGUGCCUAGACGAGUCUUUCCAGGGCCAACGCCUGCACAAGACCGCUGUCGCAGCGCGUGAGCUACUGCCGGCACUCGACAACGCGAGCGACGAUGGUGCAGACUACGGGGCAUACGAAGAAGCCCUAUCACACGACCAGGGUCUCUCGGACGACGAUCCGGACGGCCCGGUCGUCGCGGAGCGUGUGCUCUAUCGCAGGCGCUAG